AUCUGGCACUUCCGACUGAGUCAGAAAAAUUAAACAUUUGUAAAAAUAGAAGAUUACUCGUAAGAGUUUGGUUUUACGACAAAGCAAAGACGUCUGAAUUCUAUAUAUCUAACUAUUUUUUGAAAACCUCGGUACCAGAUAUCAGUGUAUUUUGUUUUUUUAACGUUUUGUGUACCGCAUCUGUUACAGAAAAGUGGGCGGGGUAACCAAAAUAAACAAAAUUUCAGCAGAUACAUUGGUAAUAUUAUAAUCGUCCACAAUGAAGCUCUAUGCCCUGUCAGUGUUGUACAAGGUUGGGGACAGUAAGGCCACCCGUUUAGUGUCGGCACAUGAACUCGCUGGAUUCAGCUUCUUUCAGAGAAGCAGUGUUAAGGAAUUCAUGAACUUCUCUAGUAAAAUCAUAGUAGAAAGAACAAUGACAGCUUCCAGAUCAUCUGUUAAAGAGCAAGAGUACAUCUGUCAUGUGUAUGUGAACAGUAAUAACGUUGGUGCAGUUGUGAUAGCAGACCAUGAGUACCCGCAACGUGUCGCCCACACACUCCUUAACAAGGUUAUAGAGGAGUUUGAGGCCAAGGUGGAUAAGAAGCAUUGGUCCAUUGCAAAGGAAGAUGAAAUCAAGUUUCCAGAGCUAGAACAGAUGUUACAAAAGUACCAGAAUCCUCGUGAGGCAGAUGCUAUGACGAAAAUUAACGCCGACCUCGACGAAACUAAAAUUAUUCUGCAUAAUACCAUCGAGGCAGUUUUAGAACGUGGGGAGAAAAUCGACGAUCUGGUAGAAAAAUCUGAAGGUCUCAGCUUACAGAGUAAAACAUUCUAUAAGACAGCUAGAAAGACAAACUCCUGCUGUGUGAUACUCUAGUAAUACUGGAAGGGGUACAAAGUUGACAGUAUUCCGUGCUGAUGGCACAACGAUUGUGACUACAGGCUUGGACGCCCGGCCAGAUUUCCGGCCGAUUCUUCAACCUGACAUAAUUUUGAUGUCCAAUUGACUAUUGUCUUUCUGUGAUUGGAAAUGUUUGUUGUCUUUAAGGAUAGUCUUCUUAAAACUUUAAAGCAUAUUUGUGUGAUUUUUCAGGCCUUUGGAAUGAUUAAAUUAAACUUUUAUGUAAAGAUAACAUGUUAACCUGAAAACAUUUUAUAACUGAAAUACUUUCCCUCAAAAGUUAUUAGGCUGAACAAAAUAAUGUUGUGGUAGGCUGGGUAGAUAGGGCAAACAUUUUAUCUUCGAAAAUUAUUUCAUUGUGUACGAAGUAUUUAGUUGUUGUAUUGUUUAAAUACAUACAUAUUCUGACAUUAGUGUUGCCAAAAAAGUAACAAGAACAGAGGUAAACUGUAUCACCUUGUUCAAAUAAUAGUACACACGGCUUAAAUUUAAAAAUAAAAAAUUAAAAUGGGUCUCAGUGGUCAAGCCCUGCACUAGUAAAGUGCUUUCCGGGCUUGCUCAAAUUCUGUUUUUUUACAGCAGGGUUUGUUAAAAAACAUAAUGCCAAGCAGAAGUGUAUGAAUUCGGGCUUGUUCAUCCCAAAGACUAAUUUUGAUGACUGAUGUCUGCACUUGGGAUAUGAACGUAGGGUUGGUUGUGUAAUUAGAAUCCCAACAUUAUUUUUGUCUGGCUUAGAUUGGUUAUCUUUUGCAAUUAUGUACAUUUCCAAAAUUAUCAUUUUCCAAAUGUGCAAUAUGCUUUGCUGUGGAAUUCGAUGUAUCAGUGCUAUGAAAUUUUCUCAUGACAUAUUAACAUGUAGUUAUUUCGCCAAUAUACUUGUCUUAAAUGAUAAGGGCCAUUUUAUCAAAGAGCACAUGAAAAAUAUUGUAAUGUCAAGUUGUCGGAAAUUGAUAGUCUUAACAUGGAAAUAAAGCUAGUUUAACUUUUCCAGCAAAACUAAUUGUUUUAAAAAAAAAAUCACAAUACAACCAAGAAUUGGGCAUUUGAGAAAUCAGUCGUACAUUACGCUCCUUGACAAGAUGGCCAUUGUUUUUAAUGUAACAAAUUUAAAGUCAAUAAUAUAUUAUUUUUUUAAGGAUAACAUUUCUUUUAAAGAAAAGGUCUAUGUGAUUAAUCACUAUGUAGUCUCUGUAAUUAUUUAUUUUAGAAUUGGUCAUUAUUCAUUUUCCAUACCGGUACUUAAAGUUAAGAAUUGUAUUAUUUUUGUGUCUGAUCUGAUUUUGAGCAUUUUUAUGUGAAUUGUAAAUUAUUAUGAUUUUUAAUUUGUAUGUGUAAUUAUUAUUACAGAUAUGUACACAUUGGGCCGAUUGUUUGGAACAUUGUUUCAAAUCUUUAAACAUCUGAAAGUUUUAUGGCCACACAUGUGAUUUGCAGAAUGUUUCACCAAUAUUGAGGCAAUAAGUAUCUAUCCUGUGUUUCCUGUACGGAUAGAAAUAUCCAACCCUAGGGUAACGAGGCUUGCAGCGUGUCUGAGGGUCGGAUUUUUUUAUACGGACCAGAAAAACAUGAUUUAUAUUUUUUCUUGCAUAUCUAAAAUUAUCAAUUUGUGAAAAAAUUGACAGGAAAGGUUCUUUUGUACAUUUCAUCAAAAAGCACGAGUGACAUUGUUGACUGAUGUUUUAAAGAGCAGUAAUUUCUUAAUCACUAUUGACAUCAAAUAGUUCCUCUAAAAAUCAAGCUAUUACAAUUAUUUAGUUUCAAUUUUAAUUGAAAGUCUUGCAUACUUAUUUAUUUGAUUGCGCUUUAUUGAAAUGGCGUAAUUUUCUUUUUAUAAACCAUAAGAUUAAAGAAAUAAGAAUUGGCGUGUUGUUGCGCGUGACUCAUCUUACAUGGGUGUGUAAGACAGGUUUUUUCCAGCACUGGUCACAUGACCGGAAACACACGUCUAAACACACGUCUGGUAUGCAAGAAAACUGAUUCAGCUAUGCCUGUUUUACUUAAAUACAUCAUAACAUCAUAAAAUAUUUCACCUGUAAAAGUUAACAAUGAUGCUGUUAACAAUGUUGUUAACUUUAACAAAGUUCUGAACAAUCAGCCCAUUGAUUCAUUGUUCAGAGUUUAUUUUAAGUGACAAAUUGAAAAACUUUUCUGGGGUCUGCAUUAUAGGUACAUUUCUUACGAUAAACUGUGUUGUAGUUGAUUUUUUUUUAAAGUAGUGUAUUUUUGGUUUACUAGUAACAAAAUAAAUGAAAUGGUUGUCUAUAAUAGAAUUUGAAAUUCAGUUCAUGUAAUGUGUCGUCGCUGUAUGUGACAAAGUUGAAUACAGAAAUUAUUAUUUGUUUGUUUAAGUUGUCAUUCAAAUUCCAAAUGCAAUACAGCGAUUUCAUUGGUGAACAGAUAAUGGCAAAUUGUAAGUGUGAUUAAAGUGGAAUAGCUGUAAACUAGAUUAGUUCAUUGGUGCCAAUACAAUCAUGUAGCUAGCCAUGUUGAAAGCAAAUGUAUACUGUGAUUAAGGGACCAACCAGUUUAUUCAACAGGAUUGUAUUUGCUUUGUUUCCAAGAUGGUAAGAGUGUCGUGUUUACAUACUUCUUUCCUAUAUUUUAACUGAGGUUAUUUCCCUUGGUAUAAUAUGGUGCUUCUGUGUAAUCUGUAUGCUGCUAGUUUCUGUAUUAAAUUUUGAUUAGUGGAAGACACUAAAAUGUUUGUAAUUUUAAGAACUGAUUUUAAUAGUGAUUCUUUAAUCAUGACUUUAUUCAAAGCAAAUAUUUUUUUACACCUUCACUUUUUUUGUAAUAAAAAUUCUUAACAAUUAGUUUUAAGAUUUUUGGAUGUCUAAUGUACCAAGCAUGGUGAAUAAAGCUUAAUUCAUUGGCUGAUGCCCCUUUGAAGACAUGUACUUGGUUGGUACCAUGGGCCCCAAUUUCUGAAAGAAUUUUAAGUCCCUUAUUAGAGAAAAAUUGAUGAUGACUUUUGUAACUAUAACUGGUUCUUGGAUUAACUGAGCCCAUAUGCACUAUCAUUUGAGACUCAGAAAACGAUAUUCUAUAUGUUUCAUAAUAUCUAUAAUAUAACUUAUUUUGACAUAAAGUAUGCGCUUGAUUGUAAAAUAGGUUAUUUGUUACAGGCGUAGCAAUUUUGUACUAUCGUUGUUCCUAUACUAGCAUUUUUACAACAAAUUUAUCAUUUCGUUAUCUGAGCUUUGUAAUACGAGCCCAGAUACCAUCUGUAAACUUGAUAUUUGGGGUAUUCGUGAAAACAGAUAUUCGGGGUAUUCGUGAAAACAGGUUCCUGUUGAUAUACUCUUCUUAGUACCUUAUUAAGCUUUCAAGUGAUGAAUAAUGGAUAGAAUUAUGUACUGUGUACACAAAUACGUUAUUUUCUGCCAUAAAUUAUUUUUAUGAAAUAGUCUAUGUCACAUGUUGUUUUCAUAACCCUCCAUCAUAGAGAAUAAAUUAAAAACAUGG